AUGCACAUGGACCGCAGAUUAACAUGGAAGAAACACAUAUUCACGAAAAGAAAACAGUUGGGUUUGAAACUCAGUAAAAUGUAUUGGCUAAUGGAAAAAAGGUCACAACUAAAUUUGUCCAAUAAAAUUCUAGUAUACAAGUCAGUAAUCAAAUACAAUCAAUGCGUACUCCCUGUUGUUACUUAUGGUAAGACAAAUGUUGCACUUAAGCACAUCCUUAAAAAUUCCAAUCGAAGGCCUUUUGUAUUAUCACAAAUGCACCGUGAUACAUACCCAAUGAAUACAUAAAUCGCGA